AGGAGCGGGGCGAGCGGCGCUGCGGGGCCGUGGGAGGAAGCGCUGCGCCCGGCCCGACGGCGCUCGUUGAGCCACAUCCGCGGGUCGCCGGCGACGUUGCCGGCGCCUGUCAAGGCCCCUCCAUUUUGAAGGAAGAGGCCGCCGUUUCCCCACCGCAGGGGCGGUAGCCGCGCUCAUGGCGUUCAGUCCCUGGCAGAUCCUGUCGCCCGUGCAGUGGGCCAAGUGGACGUGGUCCGCGGUGCGCGGUUCGGGCGCGGGAGAGGACGAAGCUGGAGGUCCCGAAGGCGACCCCGAGGAGGAAGAGGACUCGCAAGCCGAGACCAAAUCCCUGAGUUUCAGCUCGGAUUCUGAAGGUAAUUUUGAGACUCCUGAAGCUGAAACUCCAAUCAGAUCGCCUCUCAAGGAGUCUUGUGAUUCAUCACUAGGAUUGUCAGAACCCGAGGCCAAACCCCAAGAAUCACGAGAAGCCGAUGAACAGCCGGUAGCAGAAUUAAUUGAAAAAUGCUCGCCUGAUGCGUGUUCUAGAUCUUCAGAAAAUGAAGCGCCACAGGCCACUAUCGAUUCUCACUCAGUCAAGGAUGUCAGAGGGAAGGCGGAACAUGAUGUUAGCAAGAUCUCAGUAGUGAGGCCGUUUUCCAUAGAAACCAGGGACUGCACAGAUGGCCCUGCGGCUCUCGGCACAGCAGCUGCUCAUGGCUGUGUCCCUGUGCUCCCAGGCAAGGCCUUGCCUUCCACCACACCCGAAGCCACUCAGGACCAGCCAAUGAUGAACAGAGGCAUGGGGGUUACAUUGGAGGCUUUUACAGAAGUCAGUCUGAAGACUGGAGGCCCCUGCCCAGAGCCUGUGCCCAGCAGAAGCAGGCUAAGAAAGCCCAAGCCUGUCUCCCUGAGGAAGAAGACAGCUGGGGACAACACCUCUGAACCCGAAAUGUUGAUGGAGGGUUCACUUCUCCCUAAGGCUUCCUCCCCGUGGAUUCCUGAGGAGUCUGAUAAGAACUCGAAUCCUAGUUUGCUGAGAGGCUUGAGGGCCCACAAAUCUCCCCUUAACCUUAAAGAAGCUGCUAGCAUUCACUGUAACAGCGCCGGUGACUCGGGGGUUGAUCUGCAGGAGGGGUCCAGGGCCUCACCUCUCAAACUUGAUGAUUUUACAGAAGAUGGGCGGAGUGUUGAGACCAGGAGUGCCCUUCCGAAGCAGCCUGGCAGGAAACCCAGCCACAAACUGGCACCCAAUAUACGAAAAGAUGGCUCCAGUAAGCCAGUAGGAGUUGAGCAGCUUACAGACCCAACCGUUGAAGAUGCCUCCCUCGCCCAGACGUCUCCCAAGUUAGACCCAAGUAAAUGGGGUCGUCCUAACUCUAAUUCCUUUGGGAGCUGCCCCGUUCUGCAGAGCUCCCCGCCCGUCUCCUCCAAAGGUUCCUACCACCUUGACCCAGAUAACAUUAACGCCGAUGAAUCCGGGGACCCCUUUAAGCCGGUGACAGCUUUGACAGGCAGCGGCUUUUGCUCUGCCACUGGUAAUCAUGUUAAUGAAAUCUUAGACUCACCCAAGAAGGCACAGUCGCGUUUAAUAACGACCUCUGAGCAAGUGAAAUUUCUCUGUUUUCUGUUGAGUGGCUGCAAGGUGAAGAAAUACGAAACUCCGUCUCUUGAUUUGGACGCCUGUUCUCAGGAUGAAGGAGCCGUGAUCUCACAGAUCUCAGACAUUCCUAAUCGGGACGGGCACGCCACCGAUGAGGAGAAGCUUGCGUCCACGUCGUGUAGUCAGAAGUCAGCCGGGGCUGAGGUGAAAGGUGAGCCAGGGGAAGAUGCAGAGCACUCUGAAUGUUCGGCUCUACUAGGGGCCACUAAUAACCAUCACUUUGCAAGCUUGCCUUCUGGCGUAGAGAAGGAGACAUCCCAGAAGAUGGAGGAGGAGGAGCUGACUGUGCAUGGACUGCUGGACACCUCUUCAGAAAAGGCCCCCGUAUCUGUGGCCUGUGGGGGUGAGAGCCCUCUGGAUGGGAUCUGCCUCAGUGAAGCAGACAAGACUGCUGUGCUUACAUUGAUCAGAGAAGAGAUCAUCACGAAAGAGAUUGAAGCAAAUGAAUGGAAGAAGAAAUACGAAGAGACCCGAGAAGAAGUCCUGGAGAUGAGGAAAAUUGUGGCAGAAUAUGAAAAGACCAUUGCCCAAAUGAUCGAGGACGAGCAGAGGACAAACAUGAGCUCUCAGAAGAGUUUCCAGCAGCUGACUAUGGAGAAGGAGCAGGCUCUGGCUGACCUGAACUCUGUGGAAAGGUCCCUUUCUGAUCUCUUCAGAAGAUAUGAAAACCUGAAAGGCGUGCUAGAAGGGUUCAAGAAGAAUGAAGAAGCCUUGAAAAAGUGUGCUCAGGAUUACUUAGCCAGAGUGAAGCAGGAAGAGCAGCGCUACCAGGCCCUGAAGGUCCACGCUGAGGAAAAGCUGGACAGAGCCAACGAGGAAAUCGCUCAGGUUCGAUCCAAGGCGAAGGCUGAGAGUGCGGCUCUCCAUGCUGGACUCCGGAAAGAGCAGAUGAAGGUGGAGUCCCUGGAGAGGGCCCUUCAGCAGAAGAAUCAAGAGAUUGAAGAACUGACAAAAAUCUGUGACGAGUUGAUCGCAAAGCUUGGAAAGGCCGACUGAGAGUCGUCCCGUGAGCUGUGCAGAUCCGAGUCUGGCUGCUUCUGUCGUGACCACAUUAUCUUGCCUUAUCCAGAAAUAUCUCCCCCCUUUGCAGAGAAAAAUAACUGUUUCAAAAGCACAUGCCUGCUGCUGCCCGUCCGUCCCGCUUCGCCGCACGCAGCUGUGGCCAGGCUGGUGGAGAGGGAGUCACGUGACCGCAGAGCCCCGCGACCAGGCUGCCAGCUUCCCUUAGGCACGCUGCUGGGUCCGGCUUGUGCUUCUCCAACUUGAGUUCAUCUCGCUGUCGUCCUUGCUUUUCCCAAGUUUGUGACAUUUCUAAUUUUGUGGCAACUGUGUGGGUUUAUCUUCCCAGCUCCUGAUAUUUCUAUGGCCUAGUUAACCUUUAAAAUUUUCAGGAUCAGCAGUUUUAUCGAAGCGGGGGACGGUCUGGCCCGUCAUUACGAACACUUUGUCUAUGAGGCUCCAAGCUCCCUUUUAUUUACAGACUGUACAUUCUGCUGCUCCCCCCCCAUGCAGAUAAGAACCUCUAGGGAGGAGCUUGGCUACAUAAAUAAAUAUAGACUCUUAUUUUGAAACAGAGCCCUAGGUCUAAAAGCCAGCCUCAGACUUCACAGGGGCUGAAACAUAGCUCCGUUGGUAGACAGCUUCCUGAACACAGAGCCCUGGGUUUGGCCCCCAGAAUGUUGGAGGGUGUGCCUAUAACUCAACCCUCCAGAGGUGGAGACAGGCUGAUGAGAAAUUCGAGGUCAUCCUCAACUACGUAGCCACUCAGAGGCCAGCCUGGACUAAUUACAUGGGGCCUUGCUUUACACAAGGAGUGAGUGGAAGCAUGGGGUAUCCUAGCUAGUGGGAGAUGGGACAGGACGAUCACUUGAGCCCAGAAUUUAAGGAUAGCAGUGCACCAGGCAAAUAGUCCUUUUCUCAAAAAUCCUACUAAACCUUGAGUCAGGGUGGAAAGGUUAAGUGUGUGAAGGCCAGGGGACAUAGGUUUCACGUCUAGGGAAGAUUUGCUGUGCUGUCUCUUGCCCUGGUAUUUGGACACCCCAGAAGCUCAGCGUGGUCCCACGCGCUCAUACUGAAAGCAGCAUCACGUGACCAGCAGCAUAAACCUCCCUCAGAGCUGGCCUAGGCUGCAUGUGUCCACUCGGGGCCGGUUAGUCUCUGAAGCAAAGUCAACUUUUGUCAUCCAUUUGAAACACACACAAAUGGGACUUGGAAAAGGUUUAGUUGGUCUUGUUAAAAGAUGGUGGACGCUUACAAACCAGUUAGAGAGUGAAGAUCCUUAGUCGUCUACGUUUUCUAGCACACAGCACCCUUUUAGAGACUUAAAAACAACAGCCACAGCAAAUCCUUCCUUCCUUACUCAAGCUGGGCUUUAAAACAAAACAGGCAGUAAAGAGUCCAGUAGCUCCCCUGGGCAUAUUUUAAGCAAAGACUGCUUGAAUGCUGGGGAGGGGAAUAGGGAGAAGUUCCACACAGACAAAACAAAAGUCUGUGAACUCAUACUGGACUUACACUGGGGGACAUUAACCCCCAAAUAAGAAUACCCCACAUUGACACUGGUGACUUCCUUUCCAUGAUAGGCAAAGCCAAACCCAUUUAGGUUUUAUUGCUUUUAUUUUGCCUUAAUCUUAUACCCUGAGUCUUCAUAGUAAGUGUGCACUAUUCAGUUCACAUAUAUUUUCCUCCUUGUAACACCAUUGCAUGAGCCAAGUCCAGCAAUGAAUUGUGCCUCGUAGAGAGCCUCCAUAGAUCUUAUAAACAGUGUCCUUAGCAGCGCGUUACCGUGUGGUGUAACCUUUAGCCCCAGGGAAGCAAUGUCUUUUCAAGCUAGAAAUCACAUCUUGUCAAUAUGCAUUUAUUAUAACCGGUGCUUAAGUUAGGCUGUAUCCUGAGGCCUACUGUCUUUUAACCUUUUGUACAAAAAAACACAAGCAGACAGAAGUUAUCUGUGGUUGGAGAAAUGGCUUGACAAUCAUUUGGGCUCUGAAUUUAGUUACAGUGGCUUAACGUGAAGCCCAUAGCGGUAGACGUAGCGUCGUGUUCAAGUGUCUUCAAGGGAUAGACCCAGUGCCAGCUUGGCCAUCUUCCUCAAGGGAAGCUAAUUUUGCAUUUUAAGAACCCCCCCAACCCCGCAGAAAUUUUUGCUACAGUGUUACAGCGGCAUCAGUGUGUGUGCUCAUUUUAUAUUGACUUAUUUUCAGUAUGAAAGGCUUCAGAGUGGUCUCCAUUAUAAACCUCUUAUUUCCUUUUUUUUUUUUUUUUCUUUUUGGUAGUACUGAGAUUGUACCCAGGGUCUUGAACAUGCCAGGCAAGUGCUUGGCCGUGGAACUACAUCUUCCCCGGUCAUCUUUUUAAGCAUGCAUGGUUUUAAAGCAUCCUGUGCUGUGCUGUGCUGUGUGUAACCAAGGCACAGGAGAGGAGUGGUGACCGUCCCUCCUUGCCUCACUGGCAGACAGGCCUUGAAAAACAGGCCUUGAUAAAUGUCCCCAUGUACAGAGGGCAUAAACUAGCCCUCUAAGCAAUGUUUGCCAGUGGCCUCUUAGUCACCCCCAUCACCAGGAAAUGUCACAGCUUCUAGCUUCUGGAGAUUCUCCAACAGGAAUAAGAAUGUAGCCCGCACAGCUGGCAAAUUAAGAAGAUAUACUAGUCUAUUUAUUUUCUUUUAAUUAAAUAAGCCCUAAAAAGCUUUUUAGCACUCUGGAGAGUAAAAAUAUAAAGUUUUCUUCACCACAUGCUGGGGGCCAAAUGCUUUUUUUUGUUAAGUGAUUAAAAGGGGGUGGGUUGGGGGACCAGGCCUGGUGGCACAUGCAGAUAAUCCUAAGUAAAUCCCAGCACCCUGGAGGCAGGCAGGGAGGGACCGGAAGUUCAGGCUUUGACUGGGCUAUAAAUGUGAGGCCCUUGUCUUCGAGAGCUGGAGCUGUGACUCAGUGGUAGUGUUGCCAAUCCCCGGCACUGUAAAAACAAAUAACAAAAGAUUUAAAAUACAAGAGAAAUGCUCCGAGUGACUUAGGAAUAUUAGGUGAUCUUGUUGACACUCUCAGCAUAGAACUGUUCCUUCAGUUCCGCACUGCCAAAGUCCAGACGACUCUUGCCUGUCAGUCAGUACCACAGACUGACAGGUUUACUGCGUGCUGGAAGGCGGCGCUUACUCUGUUUGGAGACCGGGAGUCCCCCCAGACUUAGUAUUCUCUGAAGCUCUAGUGUGGACUCAAGCGUCUUCAGAAACAGACCAAACUAACAAGUGCGGAACGGAGCACGCGGUUGGGAGGCCCGGAGCGAGCGAGCGCGUAGGAUGAAAUCCCUGACUUCAGGGUUAGAGCUUAAGCUAAACUUUGUUUCCAACCCUGUUCUCCCUGCAGACUUGGCACUGCCUGCGCACACAUGUCUGCACAUUCGCUCGGCAGCCUGGGUUGAGCCUGGCCGGCCCAAGCCCUCGCUUUCAGCAAAGAUCGCACAGGCUAGAAAGGGCACUGGGCGGCCCACGGGCUUUCAGGAUCUGUGGCCUGAGCUCAGGGCGUACUGAAUUGAAGGUGGUGUGGACCUUCUGAAGCCCCUCCCGAAUUCCCUGAGGCUCAUUUCAGCUGGUGAUCCUUCGCCUCAGCUGCCCCUGCUGUCUCUGUGGGACUGCAGCCCUCUAAGCUCGCUCUCAGGUUUUUUGUUUUUUUAAAUCUUCUUGGGAAGAGAGAAUAUAGAUGUUGAAAGAGUACAAAAUAGAUUUAGGCAAGGAGUUUAGAGAUGUCUAUAUUAUGAAGCAUUUUAAGGGUAACAGAUUAUUAUUUACUUACCAAUGAACAGGUAAGGUCUGGGGAUCCCAGACCGACAAGCCAAAGGUGGAAGAAAUCGCCUUUCAAAAAGUUUUAACAAUGAAGUUAUUUCAAAGGAGACUAAUGUCCAAGAAAGGUUUGACUGGCCUCCAGAUUCCGAUUAUUUUUU